CAGAGCUCUCAACUACUCCUAUCUUGGCAGCCUCACGAGCAGAGGAAGAGAAAAUAUCGCCGCGCGCACGGGAUGGGUAGCGCCAGCGAGAGCAAGCUGGAGAGCCCGCUGCUGGGUGCCUCCGGAGCGGCGAACGCUAGCAGCGGCGGCGUCGGAGGAGACAGCGGGCACGUGGUGAGCAGGCAGCUGGAGAGCAUCCUGAGCGACGAGUCCCUGCCGUGGGCGCGGCGGAUGCUGGCGGCGUCCGUCGUGGAGAUGCAGCUGCUGGUGCGCCUGGCCGCGCCGGCCGUGAUGGUGUACAUGAUCAACUACCUCAUGUCCAUGUCCACGCAGAUCUUCUCGGGCCACCUCGGCACGCUGGAGCUCGCCGCCGCCUCGCUCGGCAACACCGGCAUCCAGGUCUUCGCCUACGGCCUCAUGCUUGGCAUGGGGAGCGCGGUGGAGACACUGUGCGGGCAGGCGUACGGCGCGCACAAGUACGACAUGCUGGGCAUCUACCUGCAGCGCUCCACUGUCCUGCUCAUGGCCACUGGCAUCCCGCUCGCCGUCAUCUACGCCUUCUCCCGCCCGAUCCUCGUCCUCCUCGGCGAGUCCCCGGAGAUCGCCGCAGCAGCAGCCGUCUUCGUCUACGGCCUCAUCCCGCAGAUCUUCGCCUACGCCGCCAACUUCCCCAUCCAGAAGUUCAUGCAGGCGCAGAGCAUCAUGGCGCCCAGCGCGUACAUCUCCGCCGCCACGCUCGCCGUGCACCUCGUCCUCAGCUACCUCGUCGUGUACCAGUUCGGCCUGGGGCUCCUCGGCGCCUCGCUCAUGCUCAGCAUCAGCUGGUGGGUCAUCGUCGUGGCGCAGUUCGUGUACAUUGUCAUCAGCCAACGCUGCCGGCUCACGUGGACCGGAUUCUCCUGGCAGGCGUUCUCCGGCCUGCCGGAGUUCUUCAAGCUCUCCCUCGCCUCCGCUGUCAUGCUCUGCCUCGAGACCUGGUACUUCCAGAUACUCGUGCUCAUCGCCGGCCUCCUCAAGGACCCUCAGCUUGCAUUGGCCUCACUAUCUGUCUGCAUGACAAUUUCAGGGUGGGUGUUCAUGAUCUCAGUUGGAUUCAAUGCAGCAGCCAGUGUAAGGGUGAGCAAUGAGCUUGGUGCCGGCAACCCGAAGUCCGCUGCGUUCUCUGUCGUGGUGGUGACCGUGCUGUCGUUCAUCCUGUCGGUGAUAAUCUCGGUGAUCAUCCUGCUGUGCCGGGACUACAUCAGCUACAUCUUCACCGAGGGAGAGGACGUGUCGCAGGCAGUGUCCAGGCUGACGCCGCUGCUGGCGCUCACCCUCAUCCUCAACGGCAUCCAACCCGUCUUGUCUGGGGUGGCCGUGGGGUGCGGAUGGCAAGCAUUUGUCGCAUACGUCAACGUUGGCUGCUACUACAUCGUGGGCGUCCCCCUUGGGUGCCUCCUAGGGUUCUACUUCGACCUCGGAGCGGCGGGUAUUUGGAGCGGGAUGAUUGGGGGCACCCUGAUGCAGACCUUGAUCCUGGUAUGGGUUACGUUCAGGACCAACUGGAACAAAGAGGUGGAAGAAGCGCAGAAAAGAUUAAACAAGUGGGAAAAUAAAUCUCCUCUAUUGUCAGAUCGAGAAUGAAACAAGUCUCCUCUAUUGCGUACCCAAGAUUGAGACACGGAUAUGGUUGAAAUAAGUCUCCUCUAUUGCCUACCCAAGAACGAAACAUGAAUAUGGUCCUCUAUUCUUGAGCCAAAAGAAAUGAAACUGGGACAUGGAUUGUAAGGUUGCACCGUCGAUCUGCAGACAUGGAAUUUAUUUCAAGUAGCAAUUCGAUACCCUAAAUUGUAUAGAAGGCGAGACCGUUCAUGCAAUUCGUCAUUAAGUAUUUAUUUUUGUAUUGUUCA